CAGAUGUUUUUCUACACAAAGCGUUUUAUCUCUUUUUUUUUCUUCUUUCUUUUCAGCGCGCGGCUCCAGGUGCGUCAGCGGGUCUUUGUGCCAAGUUGAAAAGCGCUCGAGCCUGCAGGCUAUUACAUGUACAGGACUAUUUCAAAGGCACCAGAAUAAAGAUGGAGACUACAAGACCAGGUCGUCUACACAGAGAACAAGACCAGGUCGUCUACACAGAGAACAAGACCAGGUCGUCUACACAGAGAACAAGACCAGGUCGUCUACACAGAGAACAAGACCAGGUCGUCUACACAGAGAACAAGACCAGGUCGUCUACACAGAGAACAAGACCAGGUCAUCUACACAGAGAACAAGACCAGGUCGUCUACACAGAGAACAAGACCAGGUCGUCUACACAGAGAACAAGACCAGGUCGUCUACACAGAGAACAAGACCAGGUCGUCUACACAGAGAACAAGACCAGGCCUCCAGCAGAUACACAGAGAGGCACAUCACACAGAACAACAGGGACUGGGAAGGAACCUGCUGACGAAGUCAUCCUCCCAGGUGGUACAGGCUCUGACGGGAAACAAAGGAACAACUCCUCUGCUUUUCUCAGUUUGAAGGUUACAGACGCAGAGACAAUGAGGACUCGACUGUUUCAUUAUGGAGUUGAUCUUAACACGAGGACUGUUUCAUUAUGGAGCUGCUCUCAACAUGAAGAUGGUUUUAUCCUGGAGCUGAUCUUAACAUACAGGCUGUUUCAUUAUGGAGUUGAUUUCGACAGUUUCAUCCUGGAGUCAACAUAAGGACUGUUUUAUCACAGAGUUGAUCUCAACAUAACGACUGUAUAAUUAUGGAGCUAAUCUAAACAUAACCUUUUGUAAUCGAGAUG